AUGUCGGAACUUUGCCAGAUCCUAUAUUCGGAUGAAUACAGUUCCACCAUGAGCGCUCUCCGCUCCCUUUUGGAGAAAAAGGCCUAUACCGAGGAGGCGCUCAAACUCACAGAAACAGCUUUGGAUCUUCUCGCCUCUCACUAUACGACAUGGCACUACAGAUUUGACAUCGUCAUAAACCUCAAGAAGGACUUGCUUGACGAGCUCAAUUGGUGCGAGGAGAUUGCUUUGGAAAACGAAAAAAACUAUCAGGUUUGGAACUACCGCCAGCGGAUCAUCGAGCAAAUCUUGAAGGAUCCAGAGUUGGCACGCAAGUUCCACCAUAGGCGUGAGUACCCGAUCUUGGAAACCAUGCUCCAACAGGACACGAAAAACCACCAUGUGUGGUCUUAUCGAAAAUGGCUCGUGGAGCGGUUUUCUCUCCACGACGAUGAUCUUGAGUUGGCGUUCACCCAGAAACUCAUUGAUGCCGAUGUAAGAAACAACAGUGCGUGGACACAUCGGUACUUCUUGAGAUUCAAGGGCACAGUUCUCUCAGAGAAGAGACUUCUUGAAGAAAUCGAGCUUGUCAAACUGCAGAUUGACUUGUGUCCCCAGAAUCCGUCCACGUGGAACUACUUACUCGGCAUAUACAACCAGACAGGGAGAGAUUUGACGGAGCUCAAAGAUUUUUGCCUCAUAUACGCUGACACAGAGAAAGAAGUCAUUUCAAGUUCUUUUGCUCUCGAGUUUCUUGCCAAAAUUGCAAUUCUCGAGCACAGAUUGGAAGAUGCCAAUAGCAUAUACGCAUCUCUCUCUUCGAAGUACGAUCCGAUUCGAAAGCAUUACUGGGAGUUUCUCCAAAAGCAGUUGGAUCUGAAGUGA